AACCCCUCCUUACCCUUUUUUUCCUUCCUCCUCGCCCUUUCACUCACUCUCUCUCUCUCCGCGAAAGCUUUCCUUUCCAUAGCCAAAUCGAAGAACCAUCGACGAGAUCUCUGCCAAAUCUCUCCAAAACCCUGUCUCUCUCUCUCUCUCUCUUCUCGGUUCGUUUGCUCCUUGCGUGUCGCGUGUUCGAAGUUCUUGAUUGAAUCCCGCCAUGGCCGAAGGGAAGUUCGAUCUGCCUGACGAUCUGAUCUUAUCGAAAUCGUCUGAUCAGUUGAAAGAUCAAUUGGUUUCCGAAAACAGCAUACCCUUGUCUCCUCAGUGGCUUUACACUAGGCCAAGCGAGAGCAGGAUGGAUGUGCGAUCUCCAACUCCUGUGCCCUUGGGAAACCCAAAUGAUCCAAAUGCUAAGGAGGUAUGGCGCUUGGAUGGAUCUGAGGACAAGAGGGAUUGGAGGAAGACUGUGCCUGAGAGUGAAACAACCCGGAGAUGGCGUGAAGAGGAAAGAGAAACUGGCUUACUUGGUCCUAGGAGGGAUCGCAGGAAAACAGAACGCCGCAUUGAUAAUGUCUUGGGCAGAGAAACCAAUGAAAGCAAAAACACUGCUUCUUCUGAUAGGUGGCAUGAGGUUAAUGCUCGUGCUGCUGUACAUGAAUCUCGGCGCGAUGGAAAAUGGUCGUCUAGGUGGGGUCCUGAAGAGAAAGAGAAGGAAUCCCGUAGUGAGAAGAAGAUAGAUAUGGACAAGGAGAAGGAGAAGGAAGAGGUCCAGAAUGAAAGCCAGUCUUUGGUCAACAGUGUCCGUACAACUUCUGAACGUGACCAUGAUGCUCGUGACAAAUGGAGACCACGUCAUAGAAUGGAGUCUCAGUCUGGUGGGCCGAAUUCUUAUCGUGCUGCGCCCGGAUUUGGACUCGAUAGAGGACGAACUGAAGGCCCAAAUUUAGGAUUCACUGUUGGCCGAGGAAGGUCAUCUGCAAUUGGGAGAGGUUCUUCAAUUGGUGUUUCUGCAUUGUUUAUGAAUGAAAAUAUCCCUGGGAAACCAUCCCCAUCGGCUUAUAUAUUUCAGUACCCAAGGGGUAAGCUGCUUGACAUGUAUAGGAGACAGAAGCUUGAUCCAUCCUUCGAGAGGGUGCCUCUUGAUAUGGAGGAAGUUGCCCCUUUAACUCAAGUUUGUUUGACUGAACCACUUGCUUUUAUUGCACCGGAUGCUGAGGAGGAGGCAAGCCUUAGUGACAUAUGGAAGGGCAAGAUCAUCAGUAGUGAAGUUCACGGUUCUUUUGGACAAGAAUCAUUUGGCGAAAACAAUUUGGUGAAUCAUGGCAUCCUUUCUUCAGGGGAGACAAAAGAGGCAGAGGAUGCGUUUGUUGGGGUUGUGAAUGAUAACAAUGGUGCUGUGCAUGACAAUGUUUCAGGGUUACUCCCCAAUGGAGGUGCCAGGGGUGCUUCAAGUUCCCAGGGAUUGAAUCCAGUGGCAUCUAAAACUAAUGGAUAUGGCACCGGUCCUGAAAUGGUUAGCUCUGCUUUUGCUAGAUCUUCCGUGUUGGAUGAAAGGGAAUACAGUACUUCUUUUGAUGCCAGAUGCAAACUUCCAGAUGAUUCGGGCUCCCUCUUCGUUCCUGCUUCUCUUGAGCAAGAUUAUACACGCAAGAUGCAGCAACCAGACGAUGAUAUGGAGGGAAAAUACUUGGAAAAGGCUACCCCACCUGAGGAGAUAAUGUUGUUCUAUAUUGAUCCGCAGGGGGAUAUUCAGGGACCGUUCCCUGAUUCUGACAUUAUUUUAUGGUUUGGACAAGGUUUUUUUGGGCCAGACCUACAAGUCCGCUUGGCAGGUGCUCCGGAAAAAACUCCUUUUCGAGAUUUGGGCGAGUUCUUGCCAUAUUUGAUGGUAAAGGGUGCUCAUGCCAAGUGUAGUGAUCCGAAGGAUAGGCUAGAAGAGACUGGUCUGGAAGUAAAUCUGGAGCCCGGUUUAUCAGCUGCUCCUGCAGCUGAAACUACUGACAUAUUGCCAGUAAACAAUCGGUCUCAUUCGUUUUCUGGGUUUAAUGAUGUCUCCGCUGAGAAUAGUUUUCAGAGAAAGUCUGAGCCAGAAGUUUAUGGAAAACUACCACAUUCUGAGGACAGAAGUUUCCUUGACUUCUCUACCCAAGAUGAAGAAAUUGUGUUCCCAGGACGAACGGGAAGUACUAGCUAUGCAAAUAUUCAUGAUAAUUCGGCCAGUGCUGUUGGGCAUCCUACCAUUCCCAUUGAAACAGCUGAGGCUGGUGUUCGGAAUCAGAACCAGAAUAAGUUGCAUCCGUUUGGUGUGUUAUGGUCUGAGCUUGAGAGCACAAAUGCUUCAGUCAACCAGUUACCAAACAGGCCGAACGGUGCAUUGGCUGAGCCUGCCGGUGUAAUGGAGUCUUGGUCCAAUACUUCCCGGAAAAAUACUCAAAUAGAGCCCAACAUGUCUUUGGAUGCUCUGGCUGCUAGCCGUAUGUCACGGUUGGAACAGGAAUCAAAUCGUUUUGAUCUUGUGGGUUCGUUUACGUCAAAUCAGCACCACCAACAGCCGUUCCUAAAUCGGAAUAUGUUGUCACAAGCGCACCUGACUGAACCGGUUUUGGAUCGAAUUCAUGGCCAGAAUCCAGUUCACCGUCAGCAUUUUCCUGACAAUCAUGUCCAGGAUUUGGAGCAUAUGUUAACUCUCCAGUUACAGCAGCACCAGAAGAAGAUUCAGAUGCAUCAACAUCAGCAUCAGCUGCAACAGCAACAGCAACAGCUGCAACAGGAGCAUCAGUUACAUCAGAAACUGUUACAAGAGCAACAACAACAAUCUCAUGCUCGACAACUUCUUCUCCAGCAGUUUAUGCAAGGACAAACUCCGGACCCAAGGUUCGGGCACUCACAUGUUGAUUUUCCCCGAGCCAACAAUGUUAUCGAUCAGAUUUUGUUAGAGCAGCAAAUUCUGCAUGAUAUGCAGCAAGGUCCUGGCCAUCCGUCGCGACAUUUUGGGCCAUCCAUUGAGCAACUUGCCGCAGGAAACUUUGGGCAGUUGCCUCAAGAAGACCAUCAAAGAGAGCUGCUUGAACAUCUGAUUUCAACAAAACUGCAGUCUCAGCAACAUGAUCAACUGAGGGCUUUGGAGUAUCAGAUGCUGCAGCAAGAGCAGGUGAUGCAAUCUUCAAAAGGAACGAGGCACAAUUCUUUUUUGGAGGAACAGAGACAUAUUGAUCCUCUUUGGCCAUCUGAUGAAGGUGAUCAGCUUCUCAGAACUCAUUCUGGGUUACACCGAUCGCAUUCUUCUGGGAUCAGGCCGUUAGAUUAUCAUCAGCAGCAACUGAGGCCACCAUUUGAGGAGCAUUCGGGUCAGCUUGAUCGGAAUCUUUCAUUGCAGGAAAACCUUCGACAAGGAUUAUUCGAGCAGGGAUCUCUUCCAUUUGACCGAGCGGCGUCCUUACCUGUAAACGCGUCAGGACUGAAUCUAGAUGCUGUUAAUGCUCUUAGGCUUGCUCACGGUCUGGAGAUGCAGGAUCCUACUGCCCACAUGCAAGCUGCAGGUGGAUUGGGAAGAUUUACCCCGGAUUUCCACCUUCAGAAUCCUCAUAAUCCUUUAGCUCAGUCACAUUUAACACAGCUGGAAACAAUGGGAGGACGCUGGUCUGAAGCUGACACGCAGCUAACAGGUGAUUGGGCAGAAUCUCAAUUUAGGAGAUUGCAUAUUGACUCUGAACAACAAAAAAUGAGGUCGGAAUUUAGGAGGGCGAGUGAAGACCCUAACUCAUGGAUGUCAGAGGGAUCUACCGAAGACAAGUCAAAGCGUCUUUUGAUGGACUUGCUCCACCAGAGGCCAGGUCAUCAGUCUUUCGACUUGCCAGACAUGAACCGUAGAGACCCAUAUGAUAGAAUGGCUCCUUCAGGCCUUAUCACGGGAUCAAGCGCAUCAGUCCAUCCUUUCGGUGGUCUUUCAGACCAUGGAUCAAGUCUGAAUUUUUCAUCUGCUAUGGGGACUCAUCAUGCUAUUCCCGAUGAACAGUUAAACAGGCUACAGAGGGACGGGGAUUAUCUGAUGAGGUCCGAACUGGGAUCCAUGCACCGUAGUAAUUCCUUACGUUCUGUAAAUAUGGACGGUGGUCAGUCAACUCAUAGUGAUUCUCGAGGGUUUGAUAUGUUUGGUAUGAACAAGGAUUCAAAUGAUAUGAGAGGUUGGAACAAUGUGUCGAGGAACGAGGGAAUGGGAAGGAUGAGAUAUGACAGUCAAGACGGAAUGGGCAGGCAAGCGGGAUUCGACCCUUUGGGUCAAGGAGAGCUUCCAGCAGGUCCAUACGGAGACAGAGCUGGCAUACAUAACUUGAUGGGAGAAGAUAGAAGAAAGGAUCGAGUGGUAGUUCCGUCGCACGGUCAUAACGCGGUGUUGCUGAAAAGGCCACCGUCGUCACAUUCAUCGUCGUCGCACGAAGGGACAUCUGAAACAGCAGCAGCAGCAGCAAACCGGGCAGCGAUAUCGUCGAGCAGUGGUGGCAUGGAAGGAGGAAUCAAAUCGUCGAGCAGUGGUGGCAUGGAAGGAGGUAUCAAGCAGGAGAUGACUAGGGAGGCGGCAGGGUCGUCGUCGUUCAGCGACAUGUUGAAGAGUAACGUGAAGAAUCCUUUGACCGAGCAGAAUCUGUCGGAGGUGGGGGCCAAAGGAGGAGGAGGGGGGAAGAAGAAAGGGAAGAAGGGGAGGCAGAUCGAUCCGUCCCUCCUCGGCUUCAAAGUGUCCAGCAAUCGCAUCCUGAUGGGCGACAUUCACCGGCCCGACGACUGAUGGUUUCCCUUUCUGCUCCCUUGUUGUACAAAUCAAUGAGUUUCUCAGGAAACACAUGAGAUGCGGACUAGUGGUCCAGGCUGAGGUCUCCCCACCGGACAUUGUACCUGGCGGCGAGGUAGUGGGCCCCGACUGGACCCCGGCUCCCAUAAGGAUAGUUUUCAGGUAUUGUUUUCUUCUCUUC